UGAUAGUACAAAAACUGUUUAUGACUUCGUACGAAAACAUUUGGAACUAAAGAUAGCAGCUAAGAUGAGACUUAAAUUGUUCUUUAUUCUGUUGUUGAUUAUUCUAGCAAUGGUUUUAUUAAUGACGAAAGUCAGUGCCAAACGAUGGGCUGAUGGAGUAGAUGAAGUGUGUGCCUAAUCACUUUUUAUAGUGUUAAAUUAUACCAAUAAAGAUGAUGUAGCAAGCUUAGCGAUAGUUGAUUUAAACAAGUAAAUUCAUUAUUUUUGAGAUACCAGCUGAUCUCAAAGCGUAGAGCUCUGAGAUACACUACUCACAAUGCAGGCAGCCGAAACUGAGCCCAAGCGUACCAAGAGUUAUAUUGAUGAGGUAUACCGACUUUUAGAGGAAAAGCCAGGGGUUGAAGAAAUAUUAAUCAUGAAUCGUUCCGGUGUGCCGAUCAAAACGCCAAUGGAACGCCAAGACGCACUUCAACAUGCCUGUCUUUAUGAGAAUUUGCGGGAAAAGUGUCAGGCAUUUCUAUCAAAAAUGGAGCCACCACAGCUCCUGACCAUGUUGCGAGUCCGUACCAGAUUCCACGAGGUCCUGCUAACACCUGAUGGCAAGUGCAAAAUCCAAAGGAUACACAUCUUAAGGUUGAGGAUCUAAAUCGUCAUUCCCCCAAUUUUUAAAUAAUUGCUCCUACAUAUAUAUACGUUGUUAGUCAUCCAACUUCUUACACGUAAAACAUUCUUCUCACUUUGUACACAGCCCAAACACAACAAACUGUUCAUUUAUGUGACUACCUGAAUAUAAAUUCAAUCAAAUAAGUAAUAAAUAGUCCUCAGAGCUUCAGCUUAAAAACAAAAUAUAUUCCAAAAACAGAUGACAUUUUCUGACCAACAGAAAGUAAAUAUAUUCUUGUACUCGUAUUUAUAAAA